CUUGUAAAUACUAUGCGGAUAACUUGGCGCUGAAUCCAAAGAAAACAAAUGCUAAAACACACAAUUUCCCUAGAUUUUUAUUGAAAUAAUUACAUUUGCAGCGCAAUUUGGCGAUGAGCCAGGCCUAGACAACAAAACAUGGCCGGUUCAAUCGAGGAUGUCAAUGAAACAUUAUCCACGGUGCAAUUUGAGUCUGAGCUGGACCCUUCGGAUUAUCCUGAUCGGGAGGUGAAAGAAUACGACGAUGACCAGAUAUUUACGACCGUAGAAAGUGGUGUUGACCAGCCUGUCAUCCCCUAUCUUGACAUCUACAAGCCACCACAGGGAUUCAAGUCUCAUAAACGUCGCUGUAUUCUUCCCAAUGUGCCAAUCAGAGUGAAGAUCUUUGAAUAUGUGCGUGAUACUUCGAGGAAUCACCUUCUCAACCCAAAUCUCUACACGAUACGCGUCACUCAUGGUGAUCAGACGUGGAAGAUUCAUCGGCGCUACAAGCAUUUCCUGCAUCUUCAGGAGCAUCUGCUCAUCUUCCAGACUGCGAUACGUGUCCCCAUACCAUCCAGGGAGCACAAGCUGCGACGGCGGAGCAUGCACCAACACAAGGAUUACCUACCAUGGUUCCCUAAGAAACCGGAUGCGGUAGUUCGGCCUGAAGAUAUGGAUAACCGGAUGCGUAACCUGGAAACGUACCUGGACAAGACACUCAGGAGUGCACUAUACAGGAGUCACCCAGAUAUGCUGCGUUUUCUUGAGAUCAGUCCUUAUUCCUUUGUCCAUGAGCUGGGCGACAAAGGAAAAGAAGGGGUAGUCAAGAAGCGAUCAGGAGGCCGACGGAUCAGUCUGAGGGGUUGCUGUGGAUGUUUCGGAAAGAUUACUACUGCUGGAAAAUGGGACAAAAGGUGGUUAGUUGUCAAGGAUACCUGUGUGUUCUAUCUGCGCAUGAAUGAUGGUAGGAUAGGGGAUGUGAUGUUGAUGGACCGUGACUUCAAUGUCAUGUGUGGUGACAAAGAGACAGGUGAAAAGAAUGGACUGCUGAUAACAAAUCUAAGCAGGCAUCUGCUUGUCAAGUGUUGGACCAAGAGGAAGGCGCGGGAAUGGGCAGAGCAUAUAACAGAAAAGAUGCUGUCCACUGGGCGCGACUUCACCUUAACAAAUCGUUUCAAUUCCUAUGCACCGCGCAGACCGGACACACAUGCACAAUGGUUUAUAGAUGGUGCUUCGUACUUCAAUGCUGUCUCCUCAGCCUUGGAACAUGCCAAGGAGGAGAUUUUCAUCACUGACUGGUGGCUGAGUCCUGAGAUCUACAUGAAAAGACCAGUCACAGAAGGCGAUAAUUGGAGGCUCGAUUGCAUCCUCAAGAGAAAAGCGGAACAAGGUGUUAGGAUUUUCGUACUGCUGUGGAAGGAACUUGAGAUUGCCGUUGGAAUCAACAGCUUCUACAGCAAGCAAGCACUUAUUCACAAACAUAAAAAUAUAAAGGUGUUACGCCAUCCAGACCACGUGAGCCUCUGGGCCCACCAUGAGAAAAUGGUUGUCAUUGAUCAGAAAGUGGCGUUCGUUGGAGGCCUUGAUCUUUGCUUUGGCCGCUGGGAUGAUUCUGGACACAGUUUGACCGACCUCGGAUCUGUAAGUGUAUCAAGGUCAGACCAGAACAGCAAUCGCAGAGGCAGUCGCCAGGAAGCCAAAGUGGUGAUCAGCGAUGCUUCUGAUUUCGAAGAUAUUAUCCUGCGACAUCACAAUGUGCCAAAGGCUGUUCCACCAGAAGUCAUUAUCGAAGAUGCCAGUAUAGGACAUGGCAGUGGAGACAGCGAGGGUUUUGAUGUCACAGAUGAUAAUGCCUCAUUGCCGAUGGGGCCAUUGCCGACGACACGUCAAACGGAACUUGAGCGCCAGUCAUGUUUCCUUCACCUGGAAACAAUACCAGAAGCGGAGGUGACGCAGCUCACUCAAAUCGCUGCCUCAAGAGCUAGUGAUCCGACGAAGCCUUCAACUCCUAAACCAAGUAGGAGAAGAUUUGCUGAGAUGACCGGAAAACUGAUGAAAACAAUUCACAGUUUGCCACAGCAACGAAGGAAAUCAACACAAUUCAGUGGUGGCAAUGUGAACUUGGAUGACAUUGUGGUCGAUGACGGUGAUGGUGCUAUGUCCCAACUGAAAGUGACCUACUACAGCAAGGAAAUGGCCUCCCUCACAUUGGGUCUCCAUGGUUCUCCAAAGAUGUGGGUUGGAAAAGACUACACAAACUUCAUUGUCAAAGAUUUCGUUGAUUUGGAUAUGCCUUUGGAGGAUUUCAUUGACCGGAACACAGUCCCACGCAUGCCGUGGCAUGACAUUGGUGCAGUGGUCUACGGGAAGGCAGCACGGGAUGUUGCCAGACACUUUAUCCAGAGAUGGAACUUUACCAAGUUGACCAAAAUGAAGGAGAAUAUCGAGUACCCUCUGCUCAUCCCAAAGACUUAUGAUCAAAUAACUGCCAUCCCACAGACCAUAUUGGACAUCACAACAUGCUGUAACUGUCAGGUGCUAAGGAGUGCUGAUGCUUGGUCUGCCGGCAUCAAACACAAAGAACAUUCCAUCAUGAAUGCUUACAUCCAUUGUAUAGAGAAUGCAAAGCAUUUCAUCUACAUUGAAAACCAAUUCUUCAUUACCAUGAUAGACUCUAACAAAGUCACCAAUGGCAUUGCUCAAGCCCUGUAUGACAGAAUAUGCAAAGCCCACAAAAACGGGCAGAAGUUCCGAGUCUAUGUGAUAAUGCCACUGUUGCCCGCUUUCGAAGGAGAGGUGGGGACUGCACGUGGUCAUUCCAUCCAGGCCAUCACACAUUGGAACUACCAGUCAAUGUGUAGAGGAGGCAAGUCCCUGGUGGAGAGAUUGGCCCAAGCUGUUGGUGACCCUACAGAGUAUAUCUCCUUCUACGGUUUGAGGACAUAUGAUGAGUUAAACGGACAACUAGUGACUGAAUUAAUCUACGUGCACAGCAAGAUGAUGAUAGUGGAUGACAGGACUGUGAUUAUCGGCUCGGCGAACAUCAAUGAUCGGUCAAUGCUUGGAGAGCGCGAUAGUGAGAUGGCAAUAGUUUUCGAAGAUAAGGAGACAUACCGGACACACUUCAAUGGAGUCGAGUUCCGAGCGGGAAAAUUUGCGUCGACACUCAGAAUGAUGUUGAUGAAAGAACAUCUUGGACUUCUGAGCCUGCUUACCAACAACUCCAUCGAUGUGUCCGACCCUGUCUGUGAUGAGUUCUAUAAGAACACCUGGAUCAAACAUGCAGCCAAGAACACCAACAUCUUUGAGAAGGUAUUCAAAUGCAUUCCAACGGAUGAAGUCUGCUCCUUUGCCCAGCUGAGCAACUACCAGAAGCAGACACCACUUUGCCAAACAAACCAGAAAGAAGCCAGGAGAAAACUACACGACAUUCAGGGACGCAUCAUCCUGUUUCCGCUCAUGUUCCUCUGCCAAGAGAACCUGGUACCGCCAACUGGCAGCAAGGAAUCAUUGAUGCCAUAUUACAUAUGGACAUAGUUUAGGUUUUGGUGAAAGGCAGUUUUUACCUCUCGAGUGUGCAGUUUUUAUCUCCGGAUUGAUUGCAGAUUUUCAGUUUGAUGUGUCUGGUUAUAGGAGGUAUUCGACUCCAGCGCACUCUCAGAACUAGAUCUGUUGUUGACUUCACUCCGUCUGGCCAUUUUUAACUCGCUAAUCCAUAGUUCUUGGAGUAGAUCACAGGUGUAUGAAAGCACCAGAAUAGUAGCGAUUGACCAGCCCAGAAUGAUUGACACAUACAACUUUAAAAUUUGUAUUUUCAUGUGCCUGGUGUAAUGGAAAUCUCUGUUGGCAGAGAGAAAACCACUUCAACCAUGGUGCAUUACAUGUUGGUGUGAUAAAGUUACAGAUGUACUCUCAAUUACUGGUGUUGCAUACAGUUUAGAGCAUGAAACUAUUCUCUGUGCUACUUAGAUGGCAGCACUGGAAGCAUGAGAGAUUCUGCAUGGAUCAAGUCUGAGGUUCACGUUUCUGCAUGAUAUGACAAAGACUCUCACUUGCUGUUUGCCAACAACUUUAAAAACUCAUGGAAUGAUUGUUGGCCAAAGUUAGGACAAUAAGUUUAUAAUCAAGGUCACAAUCUCCUAGGAUAUUGCAUGCAUUAGUGAAAACAUUCAUGGCCGCCUUCCUAUUAAAGCAUUGCACAUUUACAUGAAUUCGUGCCAAGUAAAAUACAAAUUAUCAAAUCUGUGCCAGUCAGUUACCAGCUUAAUCUUUUAUAACUCGCUUCGUACUUUGUAGUCUUCGAGCAUUUGCAUAAAGCAAUAAACAGCUGGUUAACUUUGAUAUACAUGUAUAUUCGAAGGCAGGAGAGAGAAAUGUGCAGCAAUAAAUUCAAGUCUCUCAGUUGAACUUGAGAAUCAUAAUAUUCCAAUCUGCUUAUAUUGGCAAUGAAGAAUAUUUAGUAUGUAUUUUGAACAAAAGAUGUAUAUUAUAUUGUCUCAAUGAGCAUACAUUGUACAUUUGUAACCUUAGAUUGUAAAUUUUGUAUGAACGUAUUUAUUGCAGAUAUACCAGGGGGAUACAGCAAAAGCAAAGUGCAAGUUUUUUUUCGUUGAACUUGAGGCCAGAAUAGAAACACUGUUUUCAAAAACCUCAUAUGUCACAUUUGUUAAAAUCAGUCCUUUGAAUCUGCCCUGUUCUGAAAAUGAUCCCAUAUUUUGCCAUCUUCCAAUGCAAAAAGUAACAUUCAUUGCAUAUCAUUUGUUCCGAAUAGAACAAUUUCAGCCAAAGUCUCAAUUUUUACAAAUCUUUUAAAAAACAUUUCAUUGUGACAUAUCAGGUUUUAGUUCUCAGUGCUUUUAUUUUCUGUUUGGUUUUUUUCAGUUGAAGUUUCUGUUAUUAUUUUGAGAACGUUGCUGCCUGUUUUCUUCCAGAUGUCCUGAUGAUAGUGUCAUCUGUUACAUUUGAUGCCCAGAUGCAAAUUUCAGGGAGCCAGAUGCCUUAAAGGGGGACUAUAGGCGGGACUAGGUGGGCCAAAGUUAGUGGACUUCAUGUGACUAAUAUGUACAGUAAAGGAACUGGGUCAUGUUUUGUUAAACGAUGAAUAUAUUCCUGCUGCAGGUAUGAAUAGUUUCGAUAUACUAUCCAAUAGGAGAGACCUCUAUUGGCGAUCUCAUACAGCUUAAUUCUGGCUGUUCAGCUGGUGCCUAUAAGCCCCCUUUAACUGUAUAAGUGGGCUCUAUGGAAUAUUUUUACAGAACUGGUAGCUUACAAGAGAUUAGAACUGAACUGAGCUCCCCGCAUUGAGCUAUUGGAGUAUGAUCUGUCUAAAUGAGGCCAGUGUAAGAUGCUGUAUUAAAGAUAGGAGCAACAUGUUAAAUGUUUUAGAUGCUUCUGAACUAUAAAUAAGGAUCUGGUUACUCAAUUUAAUGGAUCUCUUAGCUAUACAACGUAUGUGAUAGUAUAUUUGUGUAAUGGUGUGUCUCAAGUGCCAGUUGUCUUCUCAAUAUGUACUGUAGCAUGUGCAAGACAAGAUCUAUGCAAAGCUCAUCAGAAACCUUGUCUAUCAGGCCGGACUCAGGAUUUCUUGGAUUGCCAUAAGUCAAGAAUAGUGCUAAAGAAAAAACUCACAUAAGUUUUUCGAAUCCAGACUGGUAUAGUUUCACAUUUUGAUAUGUAGUAGAUGUAUUAUUUCCAUUUGCGAGAAUAGUAGCACAUUUUGGCCUGUUGGAUUAAAUUAUUCAAUGUACCCAACGGUCUGUGAUCAACUUCGAAUCAAUUUGAUUUGAAUCAUAUUCAAAUUUAACUAUCUUACAUUUUGGCCAGUAAUAAAUUUACCAAAUUUAUUAUAUACUUCAUAUAAGUCCCUCCAAUAGGAAAUUUAUUGUCAGUAUAUUUAUACAUCACAAUAUUGUAUACUUAUAAGUUUGAUAAUAUAUUUACUUGAUGCAUUGGGGUAGAAUAUGGUAUUUUUUAUCACCGAUAUUGACCAAAGCCGUAAUCACAAUGAGUUAAGUGUUGCGCCUGAUGGAUUUGCUGGUCCUUGAUGUCGGCGGUGAAAGGAGGAGACUUUAGGACUGAUAUUCACCGCCGAUAAGUCGGCAUGAAGCUUUAAGUCUCUCCAACAGAUCCACUUAAGUUUGUUUUGAAGAACCAUUUUAGUUCAUAGAAUCUUUGCCUAUAGAAAGAAACAAAUUCAAGAUUUUCAUCCGAGAAUCAAAUUCUGACCCAUUAGUAUGAAAGCCAGCACUAUAAACCAAUGUUGAAAAUAGCAUAUCUUACCCCAUGAUAAUUUAUUUAACAAAUAAAAAACAACGCAUGUGAUAUAUUUUUGUAGGAUAUCAAUAAUAUCUGAUUAUAUAUUGAAUGCAUGAUUCGAAGGACUGAAACUCAUUUCAUGCGAUUCUGCACAACUGAUAGAUUAUGGUAACCCAACCCUUCCUAACACUUGGUAGUAAAACAACAUGACUCAUCUCUCAAGCCCUAUUUGGAAUAAUGAUUGUUUCAUCAUUAUUAAGCUGUUAAUAAAUUAUGACCAGCAUAUUUGACUGCAUCACUUUGAUUAAGGCAGGUCAAGUACUUUCGACAUACAAGUUGUGUGGUCAAUUAUUAUGUUAAUUUUCAUUAAUACAGCUGCAUAUUUGGAUGUUUUUUAAUUUUUAUUAGUAUGAUCAGUAGAUGUGGUAUCAGUUGCUGUCCAAUAGGUUUGACCUCCCUCAUCAUUUUUGGUUUGUUAAAUUUUUGUAUAAAAAUGUCACUCAAGGGGAGACCACCAUUGAAUAUGUUUGUACCAGACCAUUGAAUUUGUGCUAGUUGAGACAUUGUUGUAAUUGGCCGACCUUAUAUCGUUUGUUUUCAUUUUUGUGUAAGAAUCAAUGUUUCAGUACACUGGUUGUUAACACCCAAUUAAGGGGUCAGUGAGAGUACGUCAUGUAGACUACAUGUAUAACCAAGUACUAAAAAAAGACUCGUCUUUUUUUAUUCUUGCCAGUAUUUGUUUAGGCAAAAGUGCAAAUGAGUCUGCCUGCAUUAACCAGUUGCAGCUGAUGGAACGAGCCCCAAAUGCAUAUUUGAAUUUUUUGCCAAUCUUAAGAUUAUACCCUAGUGUGCACGCUCCAUAUGUUGCACUAUUAGGGUGCAGCUUCACUAAGAAUGGUUUUACCGGGUGUUGACAACUUUUGUAUAGAAAACUGUUGUUAUUCGCAAAAUCCACGGAAAUGAAACGCCAGCGAAAAUGUUCUGCUUUCAUUAACAGUUGGUCAUGUUUUGGUUUUGUUAUGUUGUCAGCCCAUUUAAGGGGUCAGUGAAAGAGAUAACAAAAAGAACAGUUCAUUGUCCCUUUAACAUUGUGAACAAAUGGCAUGUCCAUAAUUUUAAAGGGAUAAUGGAAUUAAAAACAAUGAUGGAUUGUGCCCCAGAUGCAUAUUUGAAUAAUUUGCCAAACUCAGGAUAGCUUCUUGAUUUCAUGUACACAUUGAAUAUUUUGCAUAGAGCUAUCCUACAUUUGGUCUUGUGGGAAUUGACAACUUAACAAACCACUUAUGAUUAUAAAAGGAGAGGGUAUAGGCAGGAGCCAGGUUGGCCAGAGUUAGGUUACAUAAAGCUGCUGAUAGGACUUCUUACUUUUCCUCAAUAUAUUGGCAUUAGUCACACUCGUAUCGGGAAUAUUCUGAUGGCUAAGUCAGACCAAGUUCACUUACAGUGCAUGAUAGUCGUAGGGAGCCCCUUAGCUCCUGCCAAUACUCCCCCUUUAAUAAUCAAGUAAUGCAGUGUGACAUUCUCAAGUAGUUUCUCCUUGAUUUUCAAUUACAAGUUUUCGAGAGUGAAUUUAUAUGUACAUGUACAUGUACUUGUACUGUAACUGUGAUAAUUAUUGUACAAUAACCUGUGGUUUUAAUCUGUGUGGUAAUUUCUAGCAAUGCUUGAAAUGUGAAUUGAUGCUGUCAGGCAGUGUCUUCAUUUCAGAAUGGCUUACUUCAUUUUCUGUUACUGAACCGAUAACACUUGAUACUAGUAUUGGCUUAAAGUUUCUUUUUCUUUUUUACCAUGUCAGAAUCAUUUUGUUAACUAAUUGGUCAUACCAUUUCUAAAGCUCAAGAUUUCAGAGCGAGGUCAUUUCAUCUUUUCAUUAACAAUCUCAACUCAAAGCGAUAGUAUCAGUAUCUUAAUGGGUGUGAAUAUCACUUAAACUGCUCAGAGUGCCAUCUAUAUAUAGGAUUGUUACUAUUCUCUUCACAUUCCCAUGCCAUUCACCCUACCUCUAUGUACAGUCCUUCUUUAAUAUCUUAUUUAGAUUUAGUGAAUCUAUAAUUUUACCAUAGUUUGUAUUUAUAAAAGGGUUAAUAGAUUUAGAUUUUCUUGGUUUAUCUGCUGACCAGUUUUAAACUCACCAACCUCUUUCAAUUUUUGUGAAAGGUAGGAAAUGACCAUUCAAUUGACGAAGUUUAUAGUCUUUAAUAAAAAGCUUCGCUAUCAAGAUCUCAGUAAUGCUGGCAGCAGCUGAUGUUACAUUUCCUUCGUUCUUGCGAUGGGAUUCUUACUUACAAGUUCACUCUUAAAUAAUUACUUGGUCCAACAGCCAAUGAUGGUCGUGUUUUUGUUUGAAUCUGAAUCUGAAUCUGAUGAAUGAAUUGAGAAUGAAAAAGCUCAAUUAGUUUCAAUUUACAAUUAAACUAAAUGAUAU